CACAAUCUGGCGUCUAUGCUCUAAGAUUACUCUGGUCCGAAGCAUCAGACCAAGUUCUUCAGACUUACCGAUUCUGAUUGAAAAUGGCUCAAACGGUGAAUGCUGCUGCGCCAUCCACAGCUGCUCCUGCAGGCGAAGACAUGAUGACUAAUGACCAGCACUUCCUCCUGACCAUCAUUCUGGGAAUAUACUUUGGGCCUCAUCUCAAAGGGGAAAGGCCACCCUACAAGUCGGCGAUGCAGAGAGUGCACGAGAGAUUGCCACACUACACUUCCAAUCAGCUGGCUGGGUCCAAGAUGAUGGUGGCCCAAAUAAUGCACGUGUACUACUACAUCCUCAGAAAGGCCAGUCAAUCAGUUGUAGUGGCCCCGCCUUUGUUGCUCAAGUUCUUCAGCAACACCCUUCCGACCAAAGUCCUUGGUACUGGUAGCAACUACCCUCGGUUCAAUGACCUCUUUCCGACUGACCUGCACCCUUGCUCGUAUGUCGAAGAGCGAUUUAUCGCAAUAGACAACAUCAUGUUCAGUGAUGCUCCGAGCACAUCUUACCUCAGGGAAGAGGUUGUUACGUCGUUUAAGAGUUUGACUGGGCUGCAGGAGUUCAUUCUGGAGAAGGAUGCUGCCAACCUACCCAUUUAUGUCACGGACGAGGCAUUCUAUGAAGUGGUAGCACGAGAGGAACAUUCAGAGGGACUAUCUCAUUUUUUCGUGCCUCCUGGUUCUCACAGUAGAAAACGGAUGAGUAAUGUGGCUCUCGAUGUGAUGCCUCUUCGAAGGGUUCCAUAUGAAGGCUCACCCUCCUCGAAGUCAUCACGGUUCUCUGGAGAAUGCAAAACUAACUUCAAGGCUCAACUUGCUGCUAAGGUGGUGUUUUCUCCGCUCAGUACGGCGGAGAUGCAAUGUCGAGGUACCGUUGCUGCCUCCAGUGCUGGAGUCAGACUGGUUGGGAAUGUGGACGUCGGGCUUGCGGAGUCCAAGGACUGUUACCUGUUCCAGGUGUCACUUCCAGGGGUCAGAAGAGACCAAAAAGGUAAUAACGAAUUUCUCUUAAACUUCCUUUUAGAUGCUGCAGCAUUUAGUUGUGAACUCGACAUGAGUGGUGAGGUCUUAAUAGAAGGAGAGACUGCCACGGAUGGGAAGGUGGUUGAGGGCAAAGCAGGAAACCUUUGUCUGUCCGGACACUUCUCUCUGUGUUUUCAGCUGCCCGGUUGUGUCGAUCCCAGACAGUCCAACUGCAACUUCGGCACAGAUGGGAUCUUCGAAGGAGUUGUGAAGAAGCUGAUCGACUACUGAUGACUAUCUCACAGCUCAGAAGUUGUAAAUAUGUUGGAAUUAACCGAAACUCUAUAAGACACAAAUCGUGUCCUAUGUUUGCUCCUCCUGUACUUUUUUCAGAUGCGGAUAUAAUGCAGAAAAAGAAUGCAAUAUAAUUGCUCCUAAUUGCUUCAUUCUGAAUUUCAACCUGAACUACAUUUGACUCUAAAUUCCGCUAUGAAUGAUAGUAUAGAAGGAGCUGAUUCAUAUUUUAUUUAGUAAGUGCUCAGGGCCUAUAUAACAACCC